CCUCUUCAAACAUGGUUGGCACGCGCUCUCCGCACCGCGACUGUGGUUAUUCUUGCUUGUAGGAACCAUACUGAGUGCAUACCAAUCUCCUUUAGGCAAGUGUUGCGGCGGAGGAGAUUCAGCAGAGCAGCAAGGAGGACGAUCGAUUACCGCCGGUAGCAACAAGCACGGACCGGAAGUUCCGCGUCUUCGCUGUCCGGGGGAGCCGUUAGGCGCGCACGCCGGAAGUGGCCAAUCAGCCGGUGUGAGGCGGUGCCCACUGUGUUCGCGUCCCUCGGGCAGCAGAGCCAUGGAGCCCGGGGCUGCUGAGCUUUAUGACCAGGCCCUGCUAGGCAUCCUGCAGCACGUGGGCAAUGUCCAGGACUUUCUGCGCGUGCUCUUCGGCUUUCUCUACCGCAAGACCGACUUCUACCGCCUGCUGCGCCACCCUUCUGACCGCAUGGGCUUCCCUCCCGGGGCCGCACAGGCCCUGGUGCUGCAGGUCUUUAAAACAUUUGAUCACAUGGCCCGCCAGGAUGAUGAGAAAAGGAAGAAGGAACUAGAAGAGAAAAUCAGAAAAAAGGAGGAAGAGGCCAAGGCGGUGACAGCUGCUGCAGCUGAGAAGGAAGCUGUGCCUGUCCCAGUGCAGGAGGUAGAGAUCGAUGCUUCUGCAGACUUGAGUGGGCCCCGGGAGGUAGAGAAGGAGGAGCCCCCAGGCCCACAGGGCCCCGAGCACAAAGUGACCCAUGGCUUGGAGGAGGCAGAAGCUCCAGGAACAGUUGGCAGUGCUGCUGAAGGCCCUAAGGACCCUCCUGUGCUCCCCAGGAUUCAGGAGCAGUUCCAGAAAAAUCCUGACAGUUACAACGGUGCCAUCCGUGAGAACUACAUCUGGUCACAAGACUACACUGACCUGGAGGUCAGGGUGCCAGUGCCCAAGCACGUGGUGAAGGGGAAGCAGGUCUCUGUGGCCCUUAGCAGUAGCUCUAUCCGAGUGGCCGUGUUGGAAGAGAACGGAGAGCGUGUGCUCAUGGAAGGGACGCUCACUCACAAGAUCAACACCGAGAGCUCCCUCUGGAGCCUUGAGCCGGGCAGGUGUGUUUUGGUGAACCUGAGCAAGGUCGGCGAGUACUGGUGGAGUGCCAUCCUGGAGGGAGAAGAGCCCAUCGACAUCGACAAAAUCAACAAGGAGCGCUCCAUGGCCACUGUGGACGAGGAGGAGCAGGCUGUCCUGGACAGACUCACCUUCGACUACCACCAGAAACUGCAGGGCAAGCCCCAGAGCCAUGAGCUGAAAGUCCAUGAGAUGCUGAAGAAGGGUUGGGAUGCUGAAGGCUCUCCCUUCCGAGGCCAGCGAUUCGACCCGGCCAUGUUCAACAUCUCCCCAGGGGCUGUGCAGUUUUAAUGACCGGAAGUAAAGGAAACCCUCGCCAUCGGGGAAAUGGAGACGCUGUCCUCCUCACUCCCUGCAUGCCAGGGACUCACUCCUCCUGAUCAGUCCUAGCCAUUGUUUUCUUUCGUGAUGAACCAGGCCUUCCAUGCCGACCUUCCUUCCGCCUUCAGACUCUUCUAGAGAAGGUGCAGGGCCAGCUGCUGCUCGGCAGUGUCUGUGGCCAACACCAAACGGAGGUGUUUGACAUGCAGGAGGGACAUGUCCCAGCCUACUGGUAGCACAUGUUCUGUCUCCACAGCAACCAGGCACUGCAGGCAGCAUUUCCCUUUUCCCCUAUUCUUUGCUUGCUGUUGUUUUGAUGCUAUUCUGCUUGCUUGUCUUCUGAUUGCGGAUAAGGAGUGGCUGGGCUUAGACAAAGCUAAGUUGAAUUGUGUGGGGCCAGGUACUUGCAUGAGGGCUAACGGGGCAUGGCUGUGGGGCUACUUCUGGGGCUGCUAUGGGGUUCCCUCACUUCUUGUUGACCUGUGUGUGUCUCUCCUCCUACUUCUCUGUGUGUGUGUGUGUGCGUGCGUGCGUGCGUGCGUGUGUGUGUGUGUGUGUGUGUGUGUGUGUGUGUGUGUUUUCCAUCUUGCUCAUUUCUUGUGAAUACACUUGACCUGCCUCAGUUUUAUGGGCAGAGCAGCAGAAACUGGGGUCUGUUUGAGAUGUUGAAAGAGAGUCUUAGUUCUGGCCUCUGGCCCAGGUGUGGCAAGGAUUCCGCCUACCUUCUGACUGCAGCUGCCUUGCUUCGAUUCUUGUUGAAGUGAACUGAGACUAGCCACUACUACUUGCUCCCCACAAGCCCUCCUCUUUGGGUAUGCUGCAUUGAAGCCUGGGUACCUUCAAGAGGAGAUCACAGCAUGUUGGCAGUUCAUUGGCAGAUUGUCAUCUAUAUUCCCUAAGGAUGCCUCAGGAAGAAAAAUGUACCCAUUAGCUUGAAGGCAACUACAAUUGAGUCCAAGAAAAUGAAGAUUUCUCUGUGCCAAUCACUAGACUGCUUCCUAGAGCUCAGAGACUGUGUGGCCAGGCCAGCCAGGGUAUAAUGAUGUAACCAAAGGAUCAGGACCCACGUGUCCCAACCCUUUACGGACUCUCUCUUUGCCAGUUGGCACCUGGUAUCUCCAUUUGCCUGGCUCUCAGUUUGUGUGUGUGUGUGUGUGUCACAGCACUGAUUUCUGUACUCUGGUAACCAACCAUACAAACUGCAAGAAUUGAGACCAACUGAAGUCAAGGCAGCCUGUUCUCUGGAAAUAGCCCUGCAUGGAGUAACAUGUCCACAUGUUCGGAAGGAGCCAUUGGAAGAACAGAUUGUACAACGUACUGAACUGUGUAGACAGGAGCUGGUUCAUUGCAGUCAUUUGAGGGAUUUCUGGUUUACUUCUUAAAAGUCCACUCUGGGAGUUAAUCUAUGGGCCCAGGUAGACGAUGAUGGUGGUUAACGGACAGCAGUGGACCCCAAAUACCCACUCUGAAGUCUGAACUUGUGAUUGGACAUUGGUCACCCAGUUGAUGAAAUCUCUCUAAAGAGGUCACCAUCUAGGAACAGAAUCUGUCACAUUCACAAGAUCCCAGGAUACUUUGCUGUUUGUUCCAUCAAGGUUCUAGGCUGUGCAUAUCCCUGUCCCAUGCAAGCUUUCUCACCUAAUGAAGUCUCGUGGUGUGUGUGUGUGUGUAUCCGCAGGCUUCUCUCUAGUCCUGGUUGCCUACCUCCUUAUCCUGUGGGUAGUCUUGCAAAAGGGAUAAUGAUGUGGAGGACCCCUGCAUCUUUUUAUUUAGGACAGUUUUACUCUGUGUGGACUCAUCUUCAUCAUUGUAGCAUGGUUUUAUUUUCUGUGUUACAUUUUUUCUUUGUCCCUGCCCUGUUUCAACAAACAAGCUGUAUAGAAAAAGCAGCCUGGGGAUAUGGCAUCAGAUUAGGCUGUGUGGCAGGAACCUGUGCUCUGUGGCAUGUUGUGCAUGGUAUGGUGGUGGCUACUGUAUCUACAAGUCUCCAUCACAGUGAGGCACAAUCCCAGCCAGCCAAGUAGAUAGUUCUUUGCCCUGAGGCUCUGCCCUGGUUUGCCCAGCCACUGAAACUGGCCCAUUGCCUGUUUUCUCUUUUUAGACACGACAGUCACAGUUUGGUCUCUAAGUCCCACAAGCUGAGGUCUGAGGAAAGCAGGGUGACUCUGUCCUCCUUGUCCAAAGACCCAGAGUGCAAAGUCCACUGCAGAGUGCAGUCCAGCCUGCAAAGUCGCUCUGGCUCCUCGGUGUUGGUUUGCAAUAAAUCUGUAUUUAAGCAGU